UGAUCAGUGAAUUUCUGUGACUAAAUGCGAACCUAUGCAAGAUAAUUUCACUGAUGAAUAACCGAAAUAAAAUUAGGCUGAAUCAACACCAAUGUAAAGUCAGUCAGGACCAGAUGGAAUGCAAGCAGAAGCAUUAAAUAUGGACCCAGAUACAACAGCGGACUUGAUGACACCACUACUGGAGAAGGUGUGGAAAGAGGGCAAAGUACCCGAGGAUUGGAAGAAAGGAUACUUAUUCAAACUACCAAAGAAAGGAGACUUAAGUCAAUGUAAAAACUGGCGCGGAAUUAUGCUCCUGUCCAUCCCAAGCAAAAUACCAAGCCGAAUCAUCCUGGAGAGAAUCAAACAAGCCAACCUGGAUGAAAAACUUCGACCGGAACAGGUUGGAUUCAGGAGAAACAAGUCAUGUAUUGAUCAAAUCGCCACACUACGGAUCAUCAUUGAACAAAACUUGGAAUGGCAAUCACCUCUCUAUCUCAACUUCAUCGACUUUGAAAAGGCAUUCGACAGCGUCGAUCGAAAGGUGAUUUGGCACUCAGCAUGAGAAAUCAGGAUCCGGAUUUUCAACUCCAAUGU